AUUUGCCUCUUGGUGGUGCUAUUUCACUUCUGUACGUUUAUGAAAACAAUAGCGCUGGCUAGUGCAGGAUAAAGAUACACUACUUGCUCCUCUCCGGUCUAGACAUCACACCAUUAGCCAAGUCAGCUAGUUAGCGGUUUAUUUUCUGGACAAAAUGUCAACUACGACCGGCGGCGGAGAGUUUGGCAACCCUCUACGAAAGUUCAAGCUCGUCUUUCUGGGCGAACAGAGUGUUGGGAAGACCUCACUCAUCACCAGGUUUAUGUAUGACAGUUUCGACAACACCUAUCAGGCAACCAUUGGCAUUGACUUUUUGUCAAAAACCAUGUACCUAGAAGAUCGCACGGUCCGGCUCCAGCUUUGGGACACUGCUGGACAGGAGCGUUUUCGUAGCCUAAUUCCCAGCUACAUCCGUGACUCUACCAUUGCCGUGGUUGUUUAUGACAUCACCAAUCUUAAUUCAUUCCAGCAAACCUCAAAGUGGAUUGAUGAUGUUAGAACAGAGAGAGAGGAUGUCAUUAUCAUGCUUGUUGGGAACAAAACAGACUUGGCGGAUAAAAGGCAAGUUUCUGUUGAGGCGGCAGAGAGGAAAGCUCGUGAGCUCAAUGUGAUGUACAUAGAGACCAGUGCCAAGGCUGGCUAUAACGUCAAACAGCUGUUCCGUCGUGUUGCUGCUGCAUUGCCUGGGAUGGAUAGCACACCAGAGAAAAGCAAAGAGGACAUGAUCGACAUCAAACUGGAGAAACAGCCAGAGAUGAAUGUCACCGAGAGCAGCUGCUCAUGCUAGUACACCUCACCCCUCACCCUCACCUAGCCUGUCUCCUCCCCACCAACAGCUUGUCUCUCAGUGACCACUCUCUCCACCUUGGCACACUGCCAUUGGCAUGGAGAACCUGUCUUUUUUUCCUUUUCCAACUCAGUGACUUUUCAGAGUAACCGUGUGGAUGUGCAUUACUGUAUUGAAACAGAUUAUCUAUGUGUGGGGGGGACGGUACAAAAGUAAACAUUUAAAACAAGGAAUAAGUUAAACAAUAUGUUCAUUUUUAUCCAGUUGCAUGGCAUUAUGUAGGAUUGCAUACUGACAUAGCUAACCGCUCAUGAGUUAUUGCACAGUUGGGAAUCUUAGUGCUGUUACUCUUGUCAUUGUUGUAAAGUAAAACUGAUUGGGAUUAUUUAAAUGACUACAAGGUUGAGUCCUCAGCCCAUUAUAUUCUACUUUUUUUUUUUUUAUUAUUAUUUUAAAUGGAGAGUUUGCCUACAACUUUUCUAUCUCUCAGAUUAUUUCUUGACUUUGUUUUAUUUUGAGGAAGUAGAGACAGGAUGUUACCAGUGAAUUUACAUCAUUGCUCACCAUCAUAUUGGGCUCAAAUAUUAGGCUCAAAUGGACCUUUUUUAUUGAAGAGGGGCAAUGGUCCAUUCAUAAGAUAUUAUCUAUACCUAACACAUCUGCAAUACACCAGUGUGUUAGUAGACCAAAUUGACAUCAUUUGAGACCUUAUUUAAAACCGUGGAAAAGGGAUGUGUAACCAAACAAUGAGGUAAUAGAUCAUCAAAGGGAAAGCAUCCCAAAUUCAGUAGAAUGGUUACUAACCUGAAACUGUGUCUGCAUUAAAACUAUAACAACUGUCAUUCCAAUGUUGUUAAAUUAGCUGCACGCAUACUAACAUGUCUGAGGAGGAGUUUUCUGUUAUUAGAAGCCCCUAAUGUAGAAAAGAAAAAAAAAACAUUAAAAGCCAGUGUUUAGUUUUUCCACGCUGAUGGAAAGUUGUCACUUUGGUCGCUAUGACGUACCCGCCAUCUCAUUGAUAAUUUGUGUUUUGUUGAUUACACUAUUGCAAAACAUGCAGCAUGCUCACCAUGCAGGAUUUAUAUGGAUAAGAACACAGAUGCCUUGCUUGUUUGUUCACCAACGUUGUGCACUGAAUCAAGCCACAAUAUUGUAAAAUAUAAAAGAAGCCUGCUGACUGGUUCAUGGCUUCACUAGUUGUUUUGUAGAGCUGGUAAAUAAGAGUUAGUCCUCCGAUACAGCUUAUGCUUACUAACACCCUUGCUGUAAAAAGUGCAGAGAAGUUAGUCACAGUACCCAUUGCUGUAUUGCUAUUGCCUGUGUAGGACUGUUGGUUUUAUUUGUUUUAUUUAUUUUGUAACUUGGACAUACAGAUAACAUUGUAUGCUUGACCAAAAGUACAGAUGCUGACACGCAUGUUGAAAGUUUAUUUAAUUUAUUGUUUGCGUGUCUGCUGGGACUCCAUCUAAAGGCAACGCUUAGGCCCGGUUACGUUUUUUCCUGUCACACUGCUAGGAAUUACUUUUUUGGUGUGUGUAGCUUGGUUUACAGUCACAGGUAAAAGCUGCACAGUCUCCACAGACACACACACACACACACACACACACAACUAACUAGCCAUAGCACAACAAAAGACACUGGUCAUUUGCUGUAGCUUGUUUGAAAUGUCAAUGUUUUAACAUGAGCAGCUCUUCUAUUACUUGUCACUGACUAAAUACUCAGCUUUGUGCUAUUCUAAAUUGUGUCUGUCCAUUUGAAAAUAUGCUGUCUACUCGUGUUUAGCAACGUUUGUGUGAAUAAUGUUCUAUUACUAUCUGAUGUAUAAAAAGGAGAAAUAAUGAAACACAAGUGUAGGCCUAUCACAUGGAAUAAAAUAAAGAUAUUUCACCAAAAUUUAA